AUGUAUGCAUCCAUCCUCAACACCCUUCUCAUAACCGGCACCACUCUCGCCGCAAGCCUGCCCCCGAGCCCAGGUCAUCCUUUCAUCCCCUCAGAAUACGUCCCAGAAUCUGCACAUCCAGCUGCAAAGCGACAAGGCCUCCCCCUCGGCGAUGUUUUGGGCGGAGGCGGUCCUCUGGGCGGCCUAGGAGACUUACUAGGCGCUGGAGGCGACGCCGAGAGCUCUUCCGCUGCGCCCGCCCCGGCUUUGACUCCUGUUCCUAGAGCAUCAGACAUCGUCAUGACGACCACCAUGGUCACCGUAACAGCGACCUUGUCUACGCCAUUGCCAGAAGCGCCGUCAGCUUCCGUGUCUCCCGUGCCUGAAGAUCUAGCCGGCGUCUACGUCUGCGAUGACAUCAACUGGAACGGCGCAUGUUCGCACCACUUCACCAAACCAGGCGGUUCAGAUAUUGACUGCGCACAACUUUCUGGGAGGGAAUCAUCGAUUGGACCUGAUCCAGGGUUCUUGUGCGAGUUCUUCACCAACAACUCCUGCCACAAGACUCCUGGCGUUGAAUCAGAUUUCCUCAGCUUGAGUUGGCCCGGUAAUGCGGAUCUAAGGAGUACGGACAAGGGCGAUUUGAACGAUAAGUUCUUGAGCUAUGUUUGCUUCAAGGUGUUAUAG